AUGGUCGUCCACACCCCUCCAUCGCCCUCUUGGUUUCCCGGUCUCGAAUUCUCUCGCCUCUGUACAAAUCAAAGCGGCCAGAUCAAGACUUCGAAUCCUCGACAGACAGUCCACAAUCACAAGAGCCUUUGGGGCCGCCUCAGUGAUCCAUCUGGUCAACUUACAUCCACAGCUGAGCCCAGUUCCGCUUUUUUGAGCUCCAUCUCGUUGAUCCGUCCCUCGCCUCUGUCAUCUACGUCACCAUAUCUGCGCGGCAUCGAUCUACACUCGCCCCUUUCGAGGCUGUCGUUAGUCGAAGAGUGA